AUGAGCCAGGAACAGGCGGCGACAGGACGGGGGAGCAUUAGGCCAGUCCGGAGAGGGUCACCGCCGACAGGACAAAGCUCACCACAAGGUAUUUCGUCGUUGCAGACGAUAGUGCGAGUCCAAGUGUUUUUUCUAUUAUCAACGUUGACCAAAGAUAAUUAUGAUACAACAGUGAUGCAACUGAAAGAUUUGUAUCAAGAAAAUGGGCCAGACAUCUAUCUACAUUUAUUACGACGACUAAUUCAGUACAAUGUGGGCACAAUUUUGGGGCUAACACGGACGCAUGAGAACCCAGCAACCUAUAGAUUGUUAUCAGAAGAAAUCCAAAUGCUAUCAACAACACCUACAGCAUCACAUCAAUUCGGAAGUGCUAUUUCAGGCGCCGUCUCGGGCAUCUUUAACGAUUUUGACAUUGAUAAGUUUUGCCAAUACUUUGAUCUUGAUGCCUUUCAAAAAUCCGUUUUAGCAUCGAGUCUUUUAUUAUCAUCGAAAAAGGAUGUACAAGGUAAGGAAAACCGAUCUUUUCCUUCUUUCCUUGAACAAUUUGCUAAUAGAUUAGCAUUGGAUAUAUUAGCAGAAAAUGUAUAUGGUGUUAUUGAAAUUAUUGAAAAUCAGAAAUAUCGGUCGAAACUAACGAGCGUUGAAAUGGUAUCUUUUUUGAACCAAUAUCUUCCAGAAAACAGCACAUUCACACUUACCUCGCAUCAAAAAUUUCUACUCGAUACCGUUAUUCGUGAACAAUAUUCAGAUCAAGAAAUCCCACUCACGGUUACCGAGGCCCUUGAACGGCAUUUAAAAUUAGACAACACUUUACAAAUGAUUAUUGACGUGCUAAAAAAUAUCGAUUUAGAUGUUAUUGGUUUCGAAGAAAGUUUAAAAAAAUUGUUUCAUCAAAACAGAAUUUUGGAAAACAUGUCUUUAGAUGAAGUGUCAAAUAUGAUUUCCGAUGUUUUAUUCAUUAUAUCUACACCAAGUUUUCUUCUUCAUUGGGAACCGGAAAUAUUUGGAAAAUUAAUAUCUGAAAUAGUUUUUGAUUUAAAUCCUGAAGAUGUCAUAAAAGGGUUGGAUAAACCGUUACUUCCAACGAAAGAUUAUUUUAGACUAGGAACCUUUUUUAAGGGUGUAUUUGGGAUAGCUAAAAAUGAUAAAUUACAAUUUCCCUUAAAGUUUUUAUGGACUUCAUGGAAGUAUCCUCGUUCUCAACUUCAAAUGUUGCACUUUUUAUCACUUAUUCCUCGUGAUUCCUUCGAUCUUUUAUCCUAUCCUUGUCAAAAAACAUUAAUUGUUGAAAAUUUUCAAAAUGCAAGUCCUACUGUAAAAGCUCUUGCUGUUAGUUUAGAAUAUCAAAUAUGGAAUUGUCUUGAUAUGAUAAAAACGGUGAUUAUGCUUUUCGAUAACCCCAAAUCUAGCGAAAACGCAUCCACAUUUUUAAAUAAAAUAUCACAAUUAACACCGGAAUUAGUUUUUCUAGGUUCGGUUCAAAAGCAGAAACCAUGGAGUACAGAACACACUAAAUUAAUUGAUAAAGGAUUCGAUACAUUUUUCUCCCGAUACGUGAAUAAUCAAUUAGUAUUUAUUAGACUUUGGCAAGUCAAUCCUGAAUAUAUGGGAAAUUCAUUUAUCAGAUUACAUUUAAAAAACCCGGCAUGCAUAAACCAGAUUUUAAAUAUUGCUCAAGAUUUAAAAAUUAGGGAUUCACUUUUGAAACUACGGCCCUAUUCAUUUUCAAUUGAUCUCGCUGUAUCAGCAUCAAAAUUACAUUAUUUAAAUUUAGAGAAAUGGUUACAAGAUAACAUUAAUGAGAACCAUGACUUUUUUAUCCGAACUUGCUUAGAUUACUUAAAUCUUAAAUCAUCUUCGGAAAGUAAUCAACAAUUUUCAAAUACUUCAUCAACAAUGACUAGAUUACGCAUUGAAACAGUUGCCGAUUUUUUAAGAGUUCUUAUGAAUAAUUCUAUGUCAGCCGCUAAUAGUGAACUUUUUAGAUCAGUUCAAACUAUUUGUUUACAGGUAUAUCCGCGUUUAAUGAACAUUGGUCAGGGUAGAGAUGAAAUUAUUACUUCAAAUAACGAAACAAAUACCUUUUCUAGAGACGUUGAACAAGAACAAGAAACUUAUUAUCAACGUCUUUAUAAAGGCGAUCUUAGCAUCAGUGAUUGUAUUGUUUUACUACAAAAAUUAAAAAUAUCCGAAAAUCCUAGAGAUCAAGAUCUUUUUGCUUGUAUGCUUCAUAGUUUAUUCGACGAAUAUCGUUUUUUCCCAGAAUAUCCAUCUAAUGCUUUAGCAAUUACUGCAAUAUUAUUUGGAAGUCUUAUUCAGUAUCAAUUAUUAUCUUAUAUUCCCCUUGGAAUUGCAUUACGUUAUGUUUUAGAUGCUAUACAACAGCCUCCAAAUUCAAACAUGUUUAAUUUUGGAGUCCAAGCAUUGAUUCAAUUCCAAUCAAGGAUUGCCGAAUGGCCACAAUAUUCGUCACAUAUUUUAAGGGUAACACAUUUACAAAUUUUUCAUCCAGAACUUGUGCAAAAUAUUCGUAAUUCUUUAGGAACAGGAAGACACGUUAAUUUGUCAGGAAGCUCUAAUUUAAUAACCGAAUCCAACCAAGUUCAGCAAUAUUUACCUUUUACAUCUUUACGUCUUAAUAAACCUUUACGCGAUGCUUCAUUUUUCGAAGAUCCUUCGGAAUCUAUUCAAGACAAAAUUUUGUUCAUCAUUAAUAAUAUGUCUCAUGGGAACCUCGAUCAAAAAGCGGAAGAACUUCGCGAAUGUUUACUAGAACAAUACUAUAGUUGGUUUGCCAAACAUCUUGUUGUUAAAAGAGCUAGUACGGAACCUAAUUAUCAUUCUUUAUAUCUUCAACUUUUAAACGUUUUAAAUAUAAAUCUUUUAAAGCAACAAAUUUUACAUGAAACAUAUGCAAAUAUCAUUAUUCUUUUAAAUUCCGAAAAAACUGCACUUUCUACUAUGGAAAGAAGUCUUUUAAAAAAUCUUGGCUCUUGGUUAGGAGGAAUGACGUUAUCUCAAAACAAACCAAUUAAACACAAUAACAUUGCAUUUAAAGAAUUGUUAUUGGAGGGUUAUGAUUCUAAACGGUUAAUUGUUGUUCUUCCUUUUACCUGUAAGGUUCUUGAACAAGCUGCUAAUUCAAAAGUAUUCAAACCGCCUAAUGCCUGGAUAAUGGGUAUAUUAAGAUUAUUAGUCGAACUUUAUGAAUCUGCUGAUAUAAAACUAAAUUUAAAGUUUGAAAUAGAAGUAUUAUGUAAAAAACUGGAUAUAGAAAUGAAAUCUUUAGAAUCGACUUCUUUACUUAAAGCAAGAACUCCUAAAACUGAAGCCGAAAAAGUCAACGAAAGUGAUCCAUAUACUCAAACUCAGGAAAGACCUAAAAAAGCGAUUGCCGAAACAACGUAUUCUCACAGCAAUCUUAUGGAUACGAGCUUCGUGAUACCAAAUCUAUCAAAUCAUUUAGUUAUUAACCAAAAUGUUACCAUGUUUAUGAAUGCGACGAGUUUGAAGAGAGUACUUCAAAUUGCAAUUGAUAGAGCUAUUCGAGAAAUUAUUGGUCCAGUCGUAGAACGUUCAGUUACCAUUGCAGGAAUAUCCACGAAAGAAUUGAUCACAAAGGAUUUUGCUACAGAUCCUAAUGAAGAAAAAAUGAAAAACGCUGCACAUAUAAUGGUUCAAAAUUUGGCAAGUAGUUUAGCAUUAGUAACAUGCAGAGAGGCUUUGCGUAUUAGUAUAACUACUAACUUACGUAAUAUUCUUUUACAAAAUGGAAUAAAUAAUCAACAGUUUCCUGAACAAGCAGCUAUGGUAAUUGUUUCAGAUAAUCUUGAUUUAGCAUGUUCUAUCAUAGGAAAAACAGCAAUGGAGAGAGCAAUUCCAGAAAUUAAUGAAAAUUUAUCAGUAGCAAUCAUGAAUAGAAAACGUCACAAAGAAUCACGUUCUCGGCACCCAUUCUUAGAUCCUUCUGUACAAAGAGUUCCAUUAUCUCUUCCCGAUCCUUUGCGUUUGAAGCCACAUGGACUUACUGCACAACAGCUUGCAAUGUAUGAAGAAUUUUCUCGGAUCCCAAAAACAGCAUCGCAAGCUAUUUCUAUUUAUGCUCAUGAAGAACCAACUCAUCAAGUAGACAUAACACCUGAUAAUAAUAUAUACGGAAUAGAUUCAGAAAUGCCACAUCAACGGAAUACCGGAGCGUUUAAUUUGCCGGCUUUAAUUAAUCAAACCGUUGAAAAGCUUACGAUCAUAAUUUUGGAGUUAGAAAAAAUUUUAUCAGAAACUAAUUUCCAAUACUUGACAGAUGUUCCCUUAGAUCAUGAUAUCUAUAAACUUCUUAAACAAAUAUGCAACUCUACUGCUCAAUUAAAAGCAUCGAUUAAAGAUGAUAUAAUUCUUGUUUGUGCACAAAGAGUUUUACAAUUACUUUUUAAGGGCAAUGGAUCAAUUCUCAUGAUCGAAACGUUAUCUGUUCUCUUGGAGAAGUUCUCUGAGCAGUCACCUAAAACGGCUAAAGAUGUUGAAUUCUGGUUGAUUUAUUCAGAUGAUAAGCGAAAAUUUGAUACAAAUGUUAUGACUAUACUUAUUAAAGUAGGGCUUAUAACACUUUCCGAACUAGAUAUCCAACUCGCAAGGCAAAUAAUGAAGCAAAACAAUACUGUGAUUGAGUUUACCGCUUCUCUCAUAAAAAAAGUAGUUUUAUCUAUACCUAAUUUUAACUUUCGAGCAAAUUUCACUAACUGCCUUGAUGCGUUUGAAAUUCUUUCUAGGAAAACGGAUGCUCCUCAGUCAAUAACCGAACUUUUUCAAUUUUUGCACGCAUUAAACUUAGAAAAAACAAAGGUAAAUACAUUACCUCCAAUAAACGAACCAAGUCUUCAGGAGCAACUGGCAUAUAUUUUUGCAGAAUGGAUCAGAUUAUUAACGCAUCCUGCUUCUAAUGAAAAAACCUAUGUAGCGUUUAUUUUGCAAUUACAACAUGAAAAAAUUAUCACUGAUGAGCAAUUAUCAUACACAUUCUUCAGGGUAGCUAUAGAUCUUAGUAUCAAUAAUUUCAUGAAACUCGAAAAUUAUGGGUCUUCCAAUAAUCCAAGUUACCUUCCAAUAGAUUCUCUUGCUAAAUUAAUCGUUUUACUUAUAAAGUAUUGCUCUAAUGAAAAAGAUGAUAAACCAAAAGUUCUAUUAAGGGUCAAAUAUUUUUCUAGUAUUUUAUCAAUUAUAGCUUUAGUUUUUACAAAUUAUUAUGAAACUUUUGGAGGAAAUUUUCAUCAAAAGCCAUUUUAUAAACUAUUUGCUAACAUAUUAUAUGAAUUUAAUAACGAGUCUUAUUUUUCAGAUAUUCAGUAUAGUAUUCUUGAAGCAUUAAGUGAAACGUUUUUGGCAUUACAACCAUUACAUUUUCCAAAAUUUACUUUUGCAUGGAUUACAUUGAUUUCACACAGAUGUUUUAUGCCAUCUCUUCUUUUAUUAGCAGAUUAUAAGGGUUAUCCUAUUUAUAACAAAAUCAUUAUUACCUUACUUGAAUUUAUUUCUCCAUUGUUAGAAGAAACAGAACUUCAUGAUACAACUAGAGUGCUAUAUAAAGGGACUCUUCGUUUGUUAUUAGUGCUUCUUCAUGAUUUCCCCACAUUUUUAGCAGAUUAUCAUGCUUCCUUUUGUUCUAUUAUUCCUUCGAAUUGUAUUCAGCUUCGUAAUUUGAUACUAAGUGCAUCGCCUAAAACUAUCAGAUUACCGGACCCUUUUCAACCUGGUUUAAAAGUAGAUCGAUUGCCUGAAAGCACUCAAAAUCCUAUUGUUCGUACAGACAUUGAUUCAAUCUUAAAAGAAUUUGGACUAAAAGAUAAAAUAAACAGUUAUCUUUCAGGAGAAAAAGUGGAUGAUAUUACUAUUGAUAUAAUUAAUAAAUUACGAACGUCUGAUGAUAAUAUUUUUAAAGAAUCGAAAUCAAAAAACAGAAUUAAUAUACCUUUUAUUAAUUCUUUAGUAUUAUAUAUAGGUAUGAAAACUAUUGAAGAUUUUCAAUUACAAAAUAAUGGUGGUCCAUUCGUAUUUUCACCUACUUCAGCAUCAAUGACUCUUUUUACAAAAUUGCAUAAUGAUUUGGACUUUGAAGGUCGAUAUUAUUUUCUUGAAGCUAUUACGAAUCAAUUACGCUACCCAAAUAGUCAUACAUAUUAUUUUAGUUCUGCAUUACUUUCUUUAUUUGAAAAUUCUACGGAUGAUGAUAACAUAGUCAAAGAACAAAUUACUCGGAUUCUACUAGAAAGGUUUAUAUGCAAUCGCCCUCAUCCAUGGGGUUUGCUUAUUACGUUUAUCGAAUUACUAAAAAAUUCUUAUUAUAAUUUUUGGUCAUUACCAUUUAUAAAAUCUAUGCCAGAGAUUGAAUCAUGGUUUAAUAGUCUUUUUUCUCAUAUAAAUAAAAAUAUUGACAACGGAGAUAGCACACCCAAAUAA